GCUCAACUCAGGAAGUCUGGUUCUUAGAGCAAACAGUCAUAAUAUAUUGUGGCAGAGCUUUGAUCAUCCUACGGACACCUUCGUUCCAGGUAUGAAUUUCCGGUACAAUUAUCGCAACCACUCAGCCAGGUACCUUACAUCUUGGAAGGACGCAAACGACCCCUCACCAGGGAAUUUCUCCCUUGGCAUUGGUUCCAGCACUGCUGCACAGCUCCUGAUUUGGUCGGGGACAAAGCUCUACUGGAGAAGCCAAGUGUGGAUUGGGAAAAUGUUCAUCGGAUCACGAGCAAACAACACCACCGCUGUGGCAUACUUAACAGUGGUAGCAGAUGGUGAUGAGAUCUUCAUCACACUAGGUGUCUCAGAUGCAUCAUUGUUUACUAGAUACACACUAAACUAUUUAGGGCAGCUUGAGUUACUGAUUUGGGAUGAUAGUUCCAAGAAUUGGAGAAAGCACUCGUCUGUGCCAAAUGACAAGUGCGGAACAUAUGGAUGGUGCGGUCAAUUCGCGUAUUGUGAUAGUACUGAAUCAGUGACAGCAUGCAAAUGUAUGGAAGGAUUUAAGCCCAAGGUUCAGAGUGACUGGGAGACUGAGAACUUCUCGGCUGGUUGCAUCAGAAAGAAGGCACUGAGGUGUGGUGAUGGAGAUGGAUUUCUGAGAGUUGAAGGCAUGAAAUUACCAGACCACGUUGUGUUACUUAGGAACAGAAACAUCGGAGACUGCAGAACUGCAUGCCUGACCAAUUGUUCCUGUACGGCUUAUGCAUAUUCUGAUGUGACCACGGGAAACGCAACGAUCUCACGGUGCUUGAUUUGGGUGGGAGAGUUGAUAGAUACUGGGAUGGUAGGCGGCGGUGGAGAGGAUCUCUAUUUGCGCCUAAUGGAUAUUAGUUUAGAAACAUCAGGCAGCAAGACGAAGACUCGGAGGAGAGUAAUUAUAGUAUCUCUUUCUGCGAGUAUCGUUUCUUUGGCUUGCAUCUUUAUCUUAUGGAAGUUCAGUGAGAUAUUUGGUGUAUUCAAGGAUCGAAAGAAAGGAAAUCUACUAAGUGAUCUGAGCUCAAGUACAGACUUUGCAAACAACAUCUCUGGCUCGAACGAAUUCAUAGAAAGGCAGCCUCAUCAAGGUCCAGAACUUCCGCUAAUUGGUUUUGAGAACAUACUCUUUGCCACAAACAAUUUCUCCGAGUCAAAUAAGCUGGGAAAAGGAGGUUUUGGCAUAGUUUACAAGGGAAACCUACCAGGAGGAAAAGAGAUUGCUGUUAAAAGACUCUUGAGAGGAUCUAGGCAAGGUUUGUCGGAGUUCAAAAAUGAGGUCAUUUUGAUUGCCAAGUUACAGCACAGGAACUUAGUCAAGCUUCUUGCUUACUGUAUCCAUGGGGUAGAGAAGCUACUGGUCUACGAGUACAUGCCCAACAAAAGCUUGGAUUUCCUCCUCUUUGAUCCAACCCAGAAAACAAAGCUUGACUGGGGGAAGCGAUUCAACAUAAUCAAGGGGAUCGCUCGAGCGCUUCUCUAUCUUCACCAGGAUUCGAGGCUACGGAUAAUUCACCGGGAUCUUAAAGCCAGCAACGUUCUGCUCGACGAAGAGAUGAACCCCAAGGUGUCUGAUUUCGGCCUGGCAAAGAUUUUUGGCGGCAACCAGGACGAAGCCAACACCGACAGAGUCGUCGGAACAUAUGGCUACAUGUCUCCCGAGUACGCAAUGGAAGGGCUCUUCUCCGUGAAGUCGGAUGUCUACAGCUACGGCGUGCUGCUGUUGGAGAUCGUGAGCGGCUUCCGGAACAGCAGCUUUCCCCUCGCCAUGGACUCCCCUAAUCUCCUGGCUUACGCAUGGGAACUCUGGAACGAAGGCAACGCAGAGGAUUACGUCGACCCAUCGAUUGCCGGCUCAUGCGCUCGGGCGGAGGUGGCGCGAAGCAUCCAUGUCGGCCUGCUGUGCGUGCAAGACAGCCCCAGUGAUCGGCCAGCCAUGUCUUCAGUUGUUUUCAUGCUGGAAAACGAAGAAGCCACGAUCUCUGCUGCACCCAAACAGCCAACGUUUACGGUCCGAAGAAACCAGAAUCCGCACAGAGGAGGUGAUUCACGGGAUGACAAUAUUGAGAUUUGUUCUUACAACAACGUGACCAUCACAACGACGGAAGGACGCUAGAGACGGAUCUCAAAUGUGAUCUCGAGAUCUACAUGGCACAACAUGGAACAUCAAGAUUCGACUUGUUGGUUACAUGUUAAAGAUUUUUAUGUCUACAAAGGGUUUGUCGAUAGUUGAAAUAUUUUUUGUUCAUGAUGAAUACAUUAGAUGCUCUCAUAC